AUGAAAGGUAUCGUAUUACUGUGUUUAUGUGUCGUUGUCGUAUCUUCCGCUGAACCGGAAAUUAAAAAAGCUUGCCUCAAAGAAGAUUCUGAACUUUUGAAGCAUUUUGAAAACAAACUAGAAGGUGAAAAAGACAAAGAAGCCUUCAAGAAGUUGGUCAAGUUCAUCAAGGAGUAGGUUGUUUUAACAUAGAGGUUUUGAGCAGUAUAAUAUCACUUUUUAUACCCAUUUUUGAUUUAAAAUUCAAAGUAAUAUCAUAAUAUGUUGUGUCCAAACCAUACAUCGCAGUAUUCAGCUUCCACAAGUGCUACGUAGAUGAAGAAGAGUUGAAAUCCCGUUUCGAAGCCUUCAAAUCUUCAUUAGACAAAGCCGAAGAACUACACAAAAAGAAUCCCAAAGCCAGCGUUGAUGUCACUCAAUACUCAGAUCUGAGCAAAGAUGAAUUGAAACAUCUGAAAAAGGUGGGUAAUGUGUAAAAAUACCACUUCACUGACUAUGAGCUUUAUUCAAAUUAAUAUUUUUUGUCCUUUAACAUUUUAAAUCGACCCAAAUUUUUCAAUAUCAAAAUAUUCACAUAAAACUUUCAACAAAUAUACUACGCUUUAUCCUUUACAAACUUCAAUUUUUUAUUUUUUAUAAAGCGACCAUAACUUUAAAGGUAUUCAUGUUGCAGUAGAACCAAUAGCUCGGAAAAAGUUAUAAUUUUAGUUUCUUAUGUUUCAAUUCAAACUUUGAUGUGAACAAUCUAACUUUCAGAACGGUCAUCUCGGCAAGCCAAUUCCAGCCCAUGAACAACGUGAGAAGCAUGAAAAACAUUAA